CCGGGGCGGCGCGCGGGCGGCGCGCGAUGACCGCCGGGAGCGGGGCGGACGCUCGCGCCCCUCCUCUCCCCGCCUGUGCGCUACCCCGCGCUCGGGCUCCGGAGCCGUCAUGGGCGCCGCCGCGUGGGCACCGUCGCCCCUGCUGCUGCGUGUGUCUCUCCUGAUUCUGAUUCUGCCGCUCCCGGGGCUGCUCGCGGGCUCCUGGGACCCGGCCGGUUACCUGCUCUACUGCCCAUGCAUGGGGCGCUUCGGGAACCAGGCCGAUCACUUCUUGGGCUCCCUGGCUUUUGCAAAGCUGUUGAACCGCACCUUGGCUGUACCCCCUUGGAUUGAGUACCAGCAUCACAAGCCUCCCUUCACCAAUCUCCAUGUGUCUUACCAGAAGUACUUCAAGCUGGAGCCCCUCCAGGCCUACCAUCGGGUCAUCAGCCUGGAGGACUUUAUGGAGAAGCUGGCACCCACUCAUUGGCCCCCUGAGAGGCGAGUGGCAUACUGCUUUGAGGUGGCAGCCCAGCGAAGCCCUGAUAAGAAGACGUGCCCCAUGAAGGAAGGAAAUCCCUUUGGUCCAUUUUGGGAUCAGUUUCAUGUGAGUUUCAACAAGUCGGAGCUUUUUGCAGGCAUUUCCUUCAGCGCCUCCUACAAAGACCAGUGGAUCCAGAGAUUUUCUCCAAAGCAACAUCCAGUGCUCGCCCUCCCAGGGGCGCCGGCCCAGUUCCCCGUCCUGGAGGAGCACAGGCCACUCCAAAAGUACGUGGUAUGGUCGGACGAGAUGGUGAAGACGGCAGAGGCCCACAUCCGCGCCCAUCUCAUCCGGCCCUACGUGGGCAUUCACCUGCGCAUUGGCUCCGACUGGAAAAACGCCUGCGCCAUGCUGAAGGACGGAACCGCAGGCUCCCACUUCAUGGCCUCCCCGCAGUGUGUGGGCUACAGCCGCAGCACGGCGGCCCCUCUCACCAUGACCAUGUGCCUCCCUGACCUGAAGGAGAUCAGACGGGCCGUGAAGCUCUGGGUGGAAGCGCUGAACGCCCGGUCGGUCUACAUUGCCACGGAUUCUGAGAGUUAUGUGCCCGAGAUCCAAGAACUCUUCAAAGGGAAGGUGAAGGUGGUGAGCCUGAAGCCCGAAGUGGCCCAGAUCGACCUGUACAUCCUUGGCCAAGCUGACCACUUUAUUGGCAACUGUGUCUCCUCCUUCACCGCCUUCGUGAAGCGGGAACGGGACCUCCAAGGGAGGCCGUCCUCUUUCUUUGGCAUGGACAAGCCCCCUCAGCUGCGGGAUGAGUUCUGAUCCUGGCUGGAGCAUGUCACCAGUCUAAGCUGGUCACACUUGCCAGGCCUGACAGCCAGCAGUGCUCCCAGGACCGAUUCCCAAGGAUGCAAGCUCUUCCCCCUCGCCAGAGACAGGAAAGCACCAGGGACUUCUGGAGGAGGAGGACUCCAUCUCCCGGGGCACAGGGCUUUCAGGCUCCCGAGCCAGAGCGUCUCCAGUCCCUGUGUGCCUCUGCUGUUUCUCCUGGGGAUUUCUCACACUGGCAAAGCAGUCUGACCUCCAUCUUUUGGUCUGCCCUGCUCUGAGCAGCCUAGGGGGCUGAACUCUUCUCAGUAUUUUUUUAUAUAAAGAGAGACAGAGGUUCUUAUAGUUUUGAUAUGAGGUCAUGACUACCCUAGAACUCUCCCUCAUUUUUAAAAAUCAGUGAAGUUCAUUACCGUAGGUAUCUAAAGUGACCUUGAAUGAGGAUGAGGCCAGGGGUGGAGCGGUUGUAUUGACCCCUUUUCCAGCUGACCCCCAAAGUAGCCCUUAGACUGGGCCAGAGCCAACCCCACUGCCUGGCCAGAGCCAUCAUCUACCCCUCUUCCGAGCCCAUUUCCAUGCUCACUGGGGCAUGAGCACUUGUCUCAUUAUAAACACUAUGCAAGUAGAAGUUAGGAAUCAUGAUGCUGUGCACUGCUCUGCUGCAGACACGGAGUGCUGCCCACACAGCACGUUCCAAGUAAGGAGCACCUGCCAUCGAACGAGACCAUCAUGCUAUUGCUCUCAGAGUCUCCUGGUGCUUGGUGACCUGCCACAAACCUGGCUCCAUCGAGAUCUUGGAGCGUAUCACCAGGGACCAGCAGUGGAUGGCCUGGCGGCAUCCUUCUGAAGGCUGCCCUCUCCUCCUUCAUCUGUGUCCUAAGGGGCCUGGUUGUAGAAUUUUGCCAUUAAGUUGCUAUCCAAAACCUGUCCCCGCAGCCUCCUGCCUGUGGCUGGAGCUCUGAGGCCAUAUUCUCACAAGGGAGCGUUUGCUAAGCCUCUGACCAGGUAGGAGAUACCCCUGACCCAGAAGCCAUCAGAUUCCCAAUCUGCCCUUUCCUGUCCGAUAAAAUCUCUGCCAACCCCAUGAGGCUUAAAGUAUCACAUUGUGC